AUGUGCGGGCUGCUCAAGAAGCAGUUGACUGACAUUCCCACCCCCUUCCAUGAGGGAUCUCUGGUGCAACAGGCAGAAUCAGGACCUCCUGUUGCAGUUCACCCUCAAGCUAGAGAUCCUUUAUGCAAAUGGAAGUGUAUGACUGUCAACUUCCAAAAUAAGAGAACAGACCCCAUCAAUCAUAGUGGCCACCAUCAGCUUCUGACCAUCAUCUGUUUCAACAAAAAACUUUACCUGGCACCCCUAGUGCUCCUGAAACUCUGUUUUUCCAUGUUCAGUGUGCGUAUGCAGGUUAUGGCCUGUAUUCUGACUCUCAUUUCAGGGGCAGAAUUUACAUUCUUGAAGGAUCUUUCUGACAUGGCAACCACUGAAGAUAGCCAGUAUAUGAUGAAGCUUGCAAACUCCCUCUAUGUACAGAAGGGAUAUCACAUCAGUGACAAAUUUUUACAGCUGAUGAAAAAAUACUUUAAUGCUGAAACUGAAGAUGUUGAUUUCAAUCAGAACAUUGCUGUGGCCAGCUACAUCAAUAGAUGGGUGGAAAACCGCACAAACAACAUGAUCAAAGAUUUUGUGUCAGCAAGGGACUUCGGUGCUCUUACUCACUUGGCUCUCAUCAAUGCAAUUUACUUUAAGGGAAAUUGGAAGUCUCAGUUCAGACCAGAAAACACAAGAACAUUCUCCUUCACUAAAGAUGAUGAAAGUGAAGUGCAAAUUCCAAUGAUGUAUCAGCAGGGAGAAUUUUAUUAUGGGGAAUUCAGUGAUGGCUCCAAUGAAGCAGGAGGCAUCUAUCAAGUUCUGGAAAUACCCUACGAGGGGGAUGAGAUCAGUAUGAUGAUCAUUCUUUCCAGGCAAGAAGUUCCUUUAGCCACCCUGGAACCUCUGGUCAAAGCCCAGUUGAUUGAGGAAUGGGCAAGUUCUGUGAAGAAACAGAAGGUGGAGGUGUACCUCCCCAGGUUCACAAUAGAACAGGAAAUUGAUCUGAAAGAUGUUUUGAAAGGCCUUGGAAUUACUGAAGUAUUUACCCGAAGUGCUGAUCUAACUGCUAUGUCUGACAACAAAGACCUUUACCUUUCAAAAGCAGUUCACAAGUCUGUUCUUGAAGUUAAUGAAGAAGGCUCUGAAGCAGCUGCUUCCUCAGGAAUGAUUGCCAUUAGCAGAAUGGCGGUGCUGUACCCACAGGUUAUAGUGGAUCACCCUUUUUUCUUUGUGGUUAGGAGCAGAAGAACAGGUACCAUCAUAUUUAUGGGGAGAGUUAUGCACCCAGAAGCGAUGAAUACAAGUGCUCAUGACUUUGAAGAACUGUAAUAUCUCCACAGGUUCUCACAUCCACACACACAGAAAAAUAAGCACACUGAGUUGCAAUUGAUGUAUUUAAGGUUUGCCAUGUGGUUUUCUUUCUCUUUUUUUGCAAUGUUACCUUUGAGACACUGUUUGAAGAAAAAUACAAACAAACAAACUUCCAGAUUUAACGUCAGCUACAAAUUGCAGACUGUUGUUAUGGAAGAAAAGCUUUCAGUAUUAAAGUAAAUAUUGUUGUCCUUGUGAAUUGUUGUGGUCCUUUAAAAUAAAAGUCGUAUCCAUGUCA